AUGUCGUUUAUCCGUUGUCUGUCUCUCCCGUUUCUCUUUGCUAUUGCUACUCUCGUAUAUAUGUUUGUAGCCAACUAUAUUGGACAGAAUAUAAUAGAUCACAAUAAUCACGUAUUUUCUAUUGCAUACAAUGUGCAGUGGUACAGAGCCCCGAUACACAUACAGAAGAUGAUACUGUUUCUGUUACAAAGAGAAACCAAAGAAUUUUGUUUGAAUUUUUGUGGAUUAUUUAACGCAUCUAUAGAAUGUUUUGCUACGUUGAUUAAAUCAUCAGUAUCUUAUUUUACUGUCAUAUAUUCUACGCAAUGACAAAGUAAAUAAAUUUAACAGUGAAAUUAA